AUGCAGGAUUCAAGAGAAAAGGCAUCAGUUCCUGAGCAAGAGGAAGGGCUCCAUGGUACAAAUGAUUCAGGAGACUGGCGGCCAAAGAAACAGGACUACCAUAUCCUGGGUUCUCUCGCACUUGUUUCUCUUGUUGUGGCCCUUGAUUCCACAAUUCUAAUAACUUCCUUGCCAGCAAUAUCCCGCGAUUUAGGUGGCACAGCAACUGAAGCCUUCUGGGCUGCUACGUCCUAUCUCUUAACCUACGCAGUACUUCAGCCUGUAAUAGCAAGUCUUUCUGAUGUCUUUGGCCGUCGCAAGAGCCUUUUUGUUUCCGUCCUGCUGUUCACUACUGGCUCACUAAUAGCCUGUCUCGCAAAGAAUUUUGCCUGUCUGCUAGCCGGGCGCACCAUUCAAGGCAUCGGAGGUGGCGGAGUCAUGGUUCUCGUCCUUGUUAUCGCGACGGACGUGAUUCCUCUACGAUGCCUACCGAAAUAUCAGGGCAUUGUGCAGAUUGCAUGGGCUAUUGGAACCAUGAGUGGGCCGCUAAUUGGAGGAGUAUUUGCACAAUUGACAACAUGGCGCUGGGUUUUCUACAUUAACUUUCCUAUCUGUGGAAUAGGCCUACUGCUUGUCCUGUUCACGAUCCCAAAGGGCGUACUUGCUGGUACAGCAAAGGGGGGUGCAGCUACAAUCGACUUUGUGGGUGCAGCCAUGUUGGUAGCCAGCUUUACUACUUUUCUGGUUGCUAUCACCCUUGGGGGCACAACGUUUCCUUGGGGGACAGUCCAUAUUAUACUUCCCUUGGUGAUUGGAAUUCUGGGUAUUGCUGCAACAUUUGUCUGGGAGCUUCUGGGUGCACGAGCACCAAUCCUACGGCCGUCCUUGUUUCUACGGCGCUUCAGUACGGUUCCUUAUAUUUGUGCGUUUAUUCAAGGGUUUCUGCUCAUGGGUACAUUCUAUUACUUCGCGCUCUACCUCAAUGCUGUCAAACGUCUCACCCCUAUCCUAACCGGCACCGCCCUGUUGGCUGCAACAGUCAGUUUAAUCCCCGCCAGCAUUAUAUCCGGAAUCCUUGUUACCAAGUUCGGGCACCUAAGAUUGUUUAUCGUCAUCGGCUGGGCUCUGACCAUUCUCGCCACCGGUUUACUGUCACUUUGUAACAGGGAAACAGCCACUGCUGAAUGGAUUUGGUUUCUCAUUAUCACCGGUGCAGGCCAUGGAAUCCUCGUUGUCGGCCAUGUAUACGCUGCCCAGGCGAAUGUAUCCUCCGACGAUGCCACAAACGCUACUGCCUUCUGUUGCUUCACCAGAAGCAUUGGCUUCUGCGCGGGUGUAGCAAUUGGGGGAUCAAUCGUUCAGAAUAUCUUGACGGUUAAGCUGAAGGAUAGAGGGUUGUCGGGGUCUAUCGCAACAGAUGCUGUGAGCUAUGCGGGGAGGCUGAGAUCGCUUCCAGCUGAUGAACCGACGACGAUUGUUCUUAUGGAGGUGUUUAGCGAGAGCUUCCGGGUGUUGGCACUUGCAUUGACAGGUAUCGCUGGUCUAGGUGGUGUUCUGAGUUUAAUGGUGCCGAGAUAUGUUUCCGGGUUUAGGGCAUCGAGACACGGGGAGGUGUAA